AUGCUGUCUGUGAGCUGUGCCGACCUGUGGCCUGAAGGCUCGGUGGCUCUGGAGGAGGAGGUGGUGACCGCCGCUGCCAAGGCCGAGGAGCUGGACAGUGCGCACAACACCAGCAGCACCAGCAGCUGCUGCAGUUCCGUGAACUUAGACGACAGCCUCACCAGCCUGCAGUGGCUGCAAGAGUUCUCCAUCCUCGGUGCCAAUGUGCCUCAGCAGGCCCACCACCAGCCGCACCUGUUCGGCCACCAGCCGCUCGGCUCAGACGCCCCGGCUUCUCCUCUCGCUGGGGACCCCGCCUCCUUUGGCAUGCCCCUGACCCCGGGGAAGCCCACAGCGGCAGCCUACAGCAGGAUGCAGACCCUCCCCAGUAUCGUUGCAUACGGUCAUUGUCCCGAUGAGGUUGACUACAAGACCAACCCGCAUAUCAAACCGCCCUAUUCGUACGCCAUACUCAUCUGCAUGGCGAUGCAGGCCAGCAAGAAGAGCAAGAUCACACUGUCCUGCAUCUAUAAGUGGAUCACUGACAACUUCUGCUACUACAGGCACGCCGAUCCCACCUGGCAGGUGAAUAGACCACACACACUCUCUCAUACACACAACGAGACAAAUUACCUCACACAAAGCGAACAAUACACUCCAACAAAAGGAUGCCACAUUUCCAACACACUUCCCCUUUGUUUGAAAGUGACUUUUAGUCGGAUCUGCUCCCAGUACCGAGGUCAAAUCACAGCUGGGGAUAAGAUUUUUCAAGACCAGAAAAGAAAAUCUCACAUACUGAGAGGCCUGGGCUGAUUGCCACAGUCUGAAGGGGUGUUAGUGACUGGCUGUGGGGGAAAUUAAUAACUCCAGCAACAAGAAGUAGCACAAAGCUGCACUGAAAAAUAAAUUCACUUAACAAGAGGAGGGGAAAAAAGGGUGAAGCAAGGGAGCCUAAAUCAAGUUGAUGACCAUCUUGGCUCUUGAAGAAAAAGCAGAAUAGAAAUUAUACAAAAAGUAAUGAAUGGAAAAACAUCUUUCAAACAAAAAUACAGAGUUUAAAUAAAUUAUUUAUUACACAACUAUUUCUUACUUUUUAAGAGUGGUUCUUUUCCAUUCAACUCCUAGAACUUCAUACCUCACUGGUUUUUCUGCUUCAGCAAAACUAGCAAUGGAAGGGUGGCAGAUUCCCACUAGGAAGGGCAGGAAUUUCCAAGAAAAUUUUAAUUUUGCCGGAUAAAUGAUUGAUGAAGCUGUUAGCUGUACUCCCGUGUUUCAGCGUCUGCCAUUUCAGUGCAUUCUGUUAUUGUACGGCAGUGCAUGGGGCAGAUAAUAUUUAACAAAGGUCAUUGGGUUACUGCUCUAUUUAGGCUCCAGGGAAGGAGGGUGUGAAGUUUAAUGAAUGAAUGCAAGGGUACACAGCGCAUUAAUGUGAUGUAUGGUGCCUCGUGCACCCACUGCAAUUGAAAUGUGGUGCCCUUUUAAUUUAACUGUUUUUUAAGGGGGUUUAUUUGGUCAAGAGUUUAGUAAAAUCAAUUAUAUUCUGAUGACAGAAGGGUGAAUAUAAAUCUGAUCAGUUUAACAAAAGGAAGGGAAAGGGGGCAAUCAACUAAGGAACAUAAAGGUUUCACUGAGACUGUUUCCCUACUAAAACACAAAGCUAUAUGAUUCAUUGUAAUAAUUCUACAUGAUAAUUUGUGAUAUAAUGUGAAAUAAUUUAUCAUAAUUGAUCAUUUUACAAUUGGAUGAGAUCUGAUACAACACAUUAUGAAACUGUAUAAUAUGUCAGACCAUGAUGAGGCACCCAAUGAUAUUACAUAAUGCAAAAUGAUAAGACACUAUUCAUUAAAUAGAUAAAGUAUAUACAAUGAUGUUCUGCCAAGAAUACAUCAGGCAAAGACAGCUUAUUUCAAACCUUGAAUAAACAGCAAUUCUUUUGCUCAAAAAUGCAUUUCUUUACUGUAAAAGUAGUAUCCAACUUUAAUAGGCCACAUGCUAGCAAGUUGUGUUGUUUAUAUAUUAUGGACAACGUAUGGCACCCCUGUAUAAAUAAUUAAACUUUAACUGGCUUUGUAGCAAGAGUAAAGUCUCUGGUUACCAUUGGAAGCUAGCUGAUUUAUCCCUUUACCAAUAUUCAUAUGAUGUUAAGCUUAUUGGCCGCGUGCUUUGACAUCAUAUUUAAUAAAGACAUUUGAAUUACAUCGAUUUCCUUCCUUCAUCCCAUUAAUGCUGGGCUAACAUCAAACGAUUUUCACAGUCCCAGACUAAAAAUUGAAAGCCUUAAGUAAAUCUAGGAGUUUUACUGGAGUCUGGUGUGUUUGCAUAUGACAACUCGGAACUUGCUAAUGCUAAUAUUCGGCACAUGCGCCCUGCAGUGCAACCUGUGUGCGCCACAUAUACUGAUACAUACUGAGUCCGAGAUAGCCUGUAAAAAAACUUUAUUUUUGAGGUGUCGCCUAUUAUUAAGCCAUGGCGAUGGACCAUUACACAUCGGGGAAAACCAGCAGUUGAUCAGUUGAUGUCGAAUAGGCAAGGCUGAUCUGCCCACAGCUCCACCAUCCACUCCUUGUUCUGGACUGUUCACUUCCGAUGUUUUAUCCCCAGUAAUUCCUCAUACAUUCUUGUUCUUCUUGUUUUGACUGUCUGGUUUCCUUUGCUGCUUUUAUUAGAGCUCAUCUAUUAGUUGCUGGUUGUGUUAUGUCACUGUGACAUUGAUAUUAUCGCAAACCCAAGACAAGGGAAAGACUGAUGUGAAACAGCACAGAUUACCACCUUAAACUUAGAUUUACUUAAGACUUUCAGAUUUUGGUCUGGGACUGUGAAAAUCGUUUGGUGUAAGCCCAGCAUAAGAAAGCUUUGGGCACAUGGUUUUAAAAUACUAGUUCCUAUGAGUCUUCUUCUGAGAUCAGUUUGAUGGAGUCUGUUUGAAGGUGUCUGUAAAUAUGCUCCUCUGUCUCCAGAACUCCAUCCGACACAACCUGUCACUCAAUAAGUGCUUCAUCAAGGUGCCACGACAGAAAGAUGAGCCAGGCAAGGGGGGUUUCUGGAAGAUUGACCCGCAGUAUGCUGAGCGUCUCCUGAGUGGUGCCUACAAGAAGAGGCGAAUGCCCCCAGUCCAGAUCAACCCAGCCUUUCAGAACAGGGUCAGGACCAACCUCCAGCCUCAGUCCAGAGGCCCCUCCAAUCACACAGGAGGUUUAAACGGUUUGUUUGUCAACCCAGAGUCCCAGAGACUCCUCCAGGAGUUCGAGGAAGCAAGUGGUGCAGACCAGAACUGGGAUCCUCACCUUGCUGAAGGGACAAUGCUGGGCUCCUGGCCAGUUGUUCGAGGGAGAAGUGGACUAAAGAGGAAACAGUCCCAAGGCUCCAGAAAUGGCAUCAAAGCCCCACGGCGUUCCAGCUCUCCUCUGCUCUCCACAGAUGACCCCAAAGAGAUUGGACUCCUGAAGGGCGACUUUGACUGGGAUGCCUUGCUGGACUCGGCCCUUAGCGGGGAACUCAGUUUGGAUGGUGAAGAGCCCCUGAGCCCCAUCAUCAAGGAAGAGGACCUGACAGUUCGGGGGACCCACAUGUCUCCCAUUGAAGCCCCAGCAGGCACAACAGACCUCCAUGUGUUGAUGGAGACCCAAAGGAAUAAUGAUGUUACAGACUUUGCUGAGGAGACCUUUCUUGCCACAGCGUUCCUCGAGAACCCCUGGCCAGAAGAAGAGGAGCAAGGCCGCAAUGACUUCCUCUGUAGCUCCACAGUCAACCUGGACCAACUGUUUGACCUUGGAGACUCGCUUGGUGGAGACCCAAGCACCCGGAUUGACACCCUCCUUUAA